AAACAGGAAUAUUUGGAUAUGGACCCAUUGCAAAAUGCUCUAAACACUGCGUUUCCCGCCAUUUCCCGCGAAAACCCCAACUUAAUUUCCACAGUAACAUAGAUGGUGCAAUGCGAGAGUGAUUGCAGAGAAAAAAUGGAGGGAACAGGAGCAGGAACCGCAACAGGGUGUUACAAGUGCGGCAAACCUGGUCACUGGUCACGAGAUUGCCCUUUCUCCGCUCCCAAUCCAAACCCUAACUCUAACACCGCCACCACUCCCAAUCCCAAUACUCCAAAUCCUUCUUCGUCUUCUUUCAAGUCCAGAUCCGCCACCGAAAAGCCCAAGAAGCUCCCCCGAACAAAACCCAAACUCACACCGGAGCUUCUUCUCUCCGACGACGGCCUCGGUUACGUCCUCCGCUAUUUCCCUCGCGAGUUCAAAUACCGUGGUCGCGGCCACGAGGUUCGCGAUUUGGGUAAUCUGCUUCGGUUGUACACCGAAUGGCACUCUCGCUUGCUCCCUUAUUACUCUUUCAAUCAGUUUGUUCACAAAGUAGAGAAAGUUGCUGCUACUAGGCGUGUAAAGACUUGCCUUAGAGAAUUGAGAGAAAGAGUUGCAAGUGGUGGAGAUCCAACAAAACUGCGUGAACCACCUGUUGUGCAUGACAUUCCAUCUGAUGAGCACGGAUUUUCUGUAUCUGCUGAAGAUGGGGGAGCAACUCAUCAAGAGGCAGAUUUGUUUGCAGAAUUCGAAAAUGUUAAUGACAUUCAGGAAGAUAUGCUUAAUGAUAUAUAUGAUAAAGCUACUGAAGAACCUUCUCAGUCCAUGCACAAUGUGAUUGGCACUAGCAUGGCUUCAGAAAGUAACGCAACUGAAAAGACAUCAGAGGAAAAUGGAUCCAGCCAGUCUGGCAAAGCUGAGAUAACAGAAGAACAGAGAGCCCGUAUGGAAGCAAAUAGGUUGAAGGCACUAGAAAGGCGAGCUGAGAUAACAGAAGAGCAAAGAGCUCGUAUGGAAGCAAAUAGGUUGAAGGCACUAGAAAGGCGUGCUGCCUUAUCACAGGCCUCCCAACUUUGAUCUGAAUUGUAAAUGAAAGCAUUACUUGUCGUUGUCUCACUACUGGUUUAGUUGAUCCUUUAUGGUUUGGUGACUGUUAAAUGAGGUGUUUGUGAUCAUGAUUUGUCGUAACAGUUAUUAGCUCCAUGUUUAAGUUUCAAGCGGCGGGCUUAUUUAUUUUGUUUGGGGGCACUUUAUCCCUAUUUAUAGAGCAUGACAAUGAUAGUGUCAAUCAUAUCGAAAAUAAGCUCAGAAUUUACUUACAUAUAGAAUGUAAACAAUGGUUGCAACUUGCAAGGACUAGAACUAUUUUAAUUAGUUUUAUAAUAUUUUUAUUUCCAUUAA